UGACAUCGCCGAGUGUGAUCGGGGAUUUCUAUUGGAGGAGCAGUUUUAGCCUAUCUUCAUACUGUAUUGUCUUUGAUGUAGCGGUAUCCUGUGGUCCACUGUCCUAAACCAGGAAAAACAGUCGCGUUAGUCAUUGCGAGAUGGCUCAGCAAUUGUUAUUAAAAGUAAUUUGCAAUCAUCAGGGAACAUUGGACUAUGCAGAUCUGGCAGAUAUUGGGUGUGGGGCAGAUAUGUUCUGCGCUCUUGAUAAACUUGUUGAAAACGAUUUAUGUUCUAUAGCAGUGUCCAAAGGAAAUGAACGCAUUAUUGCAAAAACGAAAGUUAGACGCUGCAAGGCUCAGCAAUGUGAUGGCUGCAAUGAUUUACACCUAUGUAAAUUGUAUCUAUUUGGGGACUGCACGAAUAGUAGGGGAAGACGGACAUGCCGCUUUGGCCAUGACCUGCACUCUGAACACAACUCCAGAGUUUUAAGAGAGUAUAAACUUGAGACGCUGAGUAGACAGGAACUCCGGCAGCUAUUAUUACAGAAUGACAAUUCCCUCCUUCCACCGGUGUGCAACUCUUAUAACAAAGGCACCGGGCCAUAUGGCAACUGCCCUGAUCAGGAGGGGUGCAGGAGACUUCACGUGUGUGACAGGUACAUCAGAGGAACCUGUUCCUCGGGAGCCGACUGCAACAGGUGUCAUGACUUCUUCGAACCCCACCCACAAAGGACUCUGCAGCAGAGGGGAGUGCCAAACGAUCUAAUGGCGUCCAUGUUGUCCACCUACCGGAACAUCCAGGCCAUGAAAAGUGAAGGUGCCAGCGGUGCUGCUUCUAUCAACAGGCCCCAGAGCUGUCCUCAGAGAAAUAUAGUGAGGAAUGAGAUCUGCCUGUUCUUUGUCAAGGGGGACUGCAAACAAGGAGAGAAAUGCUCGAGAGUCCACUUCAAAAUGCCCUASAAGUGGYAAGUGAACGAUGGACAGACUUGGUCAGCUCUGCCAGAAAACGAAGCACUCGAGAGAGACUUCUGUGACCCUUCUAAGAUKCACAGUGAGGGAGCUGAGCGUGUGCGUUUCGACUCCAUGAGCCGCGGAUUAUGGGAUGUUCGCCGUCUCUCCACAGUUUCCUCUGUGACCAAYCCCACAUACGUACUCACCACAGAGUGGGUGUGGURCUGGGAGGACGAGUACGGCAAAUGGGUCCAGUACGCAUCCAUCAAAGAGAUGCACAGAUUGUCAUCCAUCACCAGUGAAGACCUUGAGAAAAGGUUCCAGGAGGAUCAAAGUGCUGUGGUGAAGUUCACUGCAGGCCAGCAGUCUUAUGAGCUGAGUUUCAGAGACAUGACGCAAUAUAACGAAAGAUUUGGUACUAUAAGGAUGGUCAGACGACGUCCUGUCUUUGUUUCAACUGUGGACGCACAAGCUGCAAGAAGCAGGAGAAAUGGACCACGCAACCCCUCUCAGAAUUUCAGAGCUGUUCCUGGAUCUUGGGACAAGUCUGCGAUACCUGACAUUGGAUACAAGACAGUCACUCUUCUGAGUUCUGACAGGGACUAUCAGAAGGUCCAGAGACUUUUCAACAACACCAUGAGGGGCUUCCAAAUCACCAGCAUCGAGAGGGUCCAAAACAGGGACCUCUGGGAAGUCUUCCAGUGAACAGCAAGGAGCUACAUCUCUUCCACGGAACGGACCCAAAACACGUAGACGCCAUUUGCAGAGAUAACUUCGACUGGAGGCUGUGUGGAACCAAUGGAACUGUGUAUGGCGAAGGGAGUUACUUUGCCAGGGAUGCCAAGUACUCACACAGCUACACCAGCAACUCAGGAGUGAGGUCCAUGUUUGCUUGUCAGGUGCUUGUUGGCGACUACACACGGGGGAACUCGGACCUCCGUCGCCCCCCUCCAAAAGGCGAGGGAAGCCCGACUCUCUAUGACAGCUGUGUGGACAAUGUCCUGAACCCAUCCAUAUAUGUGGUUUUUGAAAAGCACCAGGUGUACCCCGAAUUCCUCAUCAAAUACGAUGAUGGCGUCUUGCACUUGUCCUCUUUGGCUCCAGCUCCACCCAAGACUGUCUCUAUCCAAUCCACUUCCUUGACCCCAACAUCCAACCGGAUUCAAGCCACAGCUGCUGCUACCACAUCGAAGAGUGUUCCAUCCACUUUGAGUCCAUCUAAAACUGCAGCCACAACUUCCUCAAAUCCAACCCGUUCUCUUCCCGCCUCGCGGUUUCUCCCAAAACCUGACCAAACCCCAUUAGCAUUCAGUCAAUCUCCAGUCCUCAUAAAGCCAGCCCUAACUUCUCAAUUGGUGGAUACCACCCUAGGCCCAGAUAUCACUCCCUCAUUUGCAAACCUCUCUCACACACUCACUACCCCAGCCAGUAUCCCCUCUCACACGCUCACUACCUCAGCCAGUAUCCCCUCUCACACACUCACUACCCCAGCCAGUAUCCCCUCUCACACGCUCACUACCCCAGCCAGUAAGAUCCCCUCUUCACACCUCACUACCCCAGCCAGUAUCCCCUUCUACCCCUCUCGGUCACUCUCACUACCCCAGCAGUACCCCCUCUCGUACGCCUCCACUCCCCAGCCAGUACCCCCCUCGUACUUCACGUACCCCAGCCAGUACCCCCUCUCGUACGCUCACUACCCAGGCCAGUUACCCCUCUGCUUACGCUCACUUACCCCAGCCCAGGACCCCUCUCUGUACGCUCACUACCGCCAGUACCCCCUCUCACACACUCACUUUAACCUCCAGCCAGUACACCCUCUCGUACGCUCACUACCCCAGGCCAGUACCCCCUCUCGUACUCUCACUACCCCAGCCAGUACCCCCUCUCGUACCGCUCACUACCCCAGCCAGUCACCCCUCUCUUACGCUCACUACCCCAGCCAGGGACCCUCUUCUUACGCUCACUAA